AUGGAACAACAAAUGGAUGCUUUUUGGCAAAAAAUGAAACAAGAAAUGUCAGCACAAACGCGGGAGAUAACCGAAGCCGUCACCAAAAAAGUAUCCGAGAGUAUCAAUGAAAAAUUAACUGCUCUUGUGGAAGAAAAUAAUAACUUGAAGACUGAAGUCAAGACCUUACAAGACAAGAUAAAGUUAAUGGAAGAUCACAAAAGAAAAAACAACAUUAUUUUCUUUGGUAUGCAAGAAGAACAGAACAAUAAGUCCCCAAUCGACUCCAUCACAAAACUGCUAGAAAAAUAUAUGAACAUUCAUAUCAACCCUCAAGAAAUAAACAACGUCUACCGACUAGGAGCAAAACAAGAUAACAAACCACGCCCCAUUCUGGUAACGUUUACAACAAAUUGGAGGAAAAAUGAAAUUCUCAAAAACAAAAAGAAACUAGAUCAUGAAAUAUACAUCAAGGAAGAUCUCAGCAAAGAAAUCUUAGAGAAAAGGAAAGAGCUUCUUCCUCAGCUACAGGAAGAAAGAGCAAAAGGCAAAAUCUGUUACUUUGUCAAAGAUAAAAUUGUCAUAAAGGAGUCGAAAGAUGACAAAAGAGAUAAGAGGAAAAGAGACUGCAGCACUUCACCUAAUAACCAACCCACGUUGGCCCCAAAAAAGAUUAACAAGACAAAUAAUAUGCUUAAUUAUAUGGUACGGGGCAGAUCCGCAUCACUGUCAACGCCCCCAACCACAAAAAACGAUCAAUAG